GAUUUGGUACCGAGUUACAUGCAAAACAUCACAAGUUGAAUGGAGGCCGCACGUUUAUCAAGACAAGGUCUACCCAGGAACUAAUCUCUAAAAAAAAUCCCUUUUUUUUGGACAAAGCAAUGGAAAAUUCAGACGCAGGUUUUAUAAUUAGUGAUACCCAGUUGUCGCUUGUUUGUCGUGAGGCUAAGAACAUCCCAGAGACUAUUGGCAGGAAAUAUGGGAAAGUAGUCAAGAUCUUGGACCUAAGCUCUAACGGACUGAGAUCGUUGAACGGGUUGUACUGUUUCGAAAAUCUGGAGGAACUCAUUCUUGAUAAUAACCAGCUAGGAGAUGAUGUGGAAAUUCCCGUAAUGGCCAAUUUACACACACUGACAUUAAACAAAAACAAUAUAUCCAAUCUAGACGGAUUCUUGGACAAAGUUUCCAAGAAUUUACCUUCUCUGAAAUAUCUCAGCUUGCUUAGUAACCAGGCCUGCCCAAACGAACUGUCAUUUUCCUACAGAGACGAGGAAGAUUACCAGCGAUACAGAUAUUAUGUACUUCACCGACUGCCAAACUUAACAUUUCUCGAUUCAAGGCCUGUUAAAAAGGCAGAGAAAAGAGAGGCACAGAGGGUUGGUGCUUACAUGAAGAUCGUUGCUCCUUCACUAACCGACCUGAAAGCUCAAAUGCAAGAAAGCGUAGAAAUAUCAAGAUUCACUCCACUACCCAGUACCACAAAGGCUCCUGGGAAACACAAGGGGACGUUUGGACGUAUUCGGUACAACUACUCUGGAAAGAAUUCUGAAGGCAACAGAUUUAUAAAAAAUGCUCAGCUUUGAAGCUGAAAACUAUUUUACAAGUUUUGUUGUAAUUAAGGACCUUGUGCUUGGUGGGGUUAGAUUCCAUUCCUCUCAUCACUAACUGAGUUCGAGCUUCGUACUGUAAGAUACUGACCAAUAUUUCCCGCUCGGAUUUAAGGCCCGCGCGCUCGCGCUUCGCAUGGCAUUCCUGUCAUAACUCUAUUUCAGACUAUUCUUAGCAAAUCAAUUUUUCCUUGAGCAUAGAAAAUGCGCAGGAUUCGCAUUGAUAGUAUCGUUGUGUUAUAAAUUAGUACUGGUUUGUCCUAUCUCCCCAUUCAGCUUAAUUGUCAAGGAGAAAUUAAAAAAGAGAAAAUAUUUUAAAACCUUUUGGAUAAAAUAGAGUGGAAAAUCUAAUUAAAACAGAAAGACUACGUGAACAUCAAUAAACUUCGUUACUGAAAAUGAAAAGGUAGCAUUGAUUUAUCUCCCCUCCCUUCAACCUGCGUCCCCCUCCCCCCAGUGUACUUUCUUCUCGAGUUGUUCUGUCACGGUAUAAGAGUAAGGUGAUGUCAUGCAAAAAACAUUUUUUAUUUUUUAUUAAUA